CACGAAUCUAUCGACUCGCCCUUCUCCGGAAUGGCUUCUAAAACAAUUGUCCUCAUCACCGGCGCCAAUCGAGGUAUUGGGUAUACACUCGCCCAAACCCUUGCACGAGACUAUGGAUUCCACAUUCUGCUUGGAUCACGUAGUACCGCAUCAGGAAGCACAGCUGUUGCAACGCUUCAAAACGAAGGUCUAUCUGUUGAAUCGCUUGCCAUUGAUCUCGAAUUCAACGAAUCCAUAGAACGUGCAGCGAAAGAAGUAGAACGAAAGUACGGUAGACUCGACGUUCUCGUCAACAACGCCGCGAUAGGAAUCGAUGACACCUUUACCGGCGACGUCAACGAUAUUCGCCGUCUCUACCAAGAAACCUUUAACACGAACCUCUUCGGCACGGCCACCGUGACUGGGGCUUUCAUCCCGCUCCUUGAGAAAUCCUACCUUCCAAGAAUCGUGUUCUUGACGUCUAGCCUGGGCUCGUUAGCCGAACGCGCGAAUUCGGAAAGUGCCUAUCAUGAAGUAGGCUGGGAGUCGUAUCGGUGCAGUAAAGCGGCGCUUAAUAUGCUGUGUUUGAAUUAUUGGAAGAAGUAUGAAUGCAAACCAAAGUGGAAGAUUAAUGCGGCGUGUCCGGGGUUUGUAGUUACGAAGUUGAACAAAGGAGGCGGCGUUAUUUCGACGGAGGAGGCGAUGCCGAAUUUGGUGAGGUUGUGUACGCUUGGGAUGGAUGGGGAGUCGGGGACCUUUACGAAUGCUAAUGGGGUUGUGAGGUGGUAAGAUGGGGAUUGGUAAUCAUUAGAAUGUAACGUUCUUUGAGAGUUUACACAUACGAAGGAGGAUGAGGUACUAGAUAGGUCAAACUAAGCAAAGAGCACCCACCGUAUAGUG